UGGUUUCUGUCAAUAAUACACAGUGCUGCUUGUCAUUUGUGUGCUUCGAUUGUUUGCUUUACUGUUUCCUAACGUUUUAUUUUGGACUCUGAAGGAAUUUAAUUCAAAAUAAGUUAUUCUAAUUUUAGUGACUGAUGUAUUGUUAGUUAACUUUCUCUGUGCAUUUGCGUCUAUUAGUUUAGUUUAUGUGUGCAGCGGUGCGAUUAUUAUUUUGUAUUUAAAGUAAAUAAUAACGCAACAAUAAAUUAAUGUUUUUGAAUAAUAAGGACGACAAAACCCGGGUUUUAGUGUAACUUAACGACACUCAAAUGCCAAUUGCCGCUGGAAUUUCGAUGACAAAUUCAGUCGGGGUGUGUGUGAAAGCGCGGUGGGACUAUGUUGUUUCUCAGUGCCUUAGCGAUCGGUAUGAUAGGUGGGCUGCAGAAUGUGACGACGGAGGUGCCCGCUCCCAGCAGUGACGGCAACGACGGCAACGCGGUGACGAGCGUGGCGGAGCGGGCGGUGCGCGAGAUGGGGCUGGUGGAGACGACCAAGUUGUCGGGCCAGUCGGGGGACCUGGUGAACGUGACGGUGCACGAGCGGCCCUCCAUGUGGGACAUGUACCUGAACCACUGCCCGAAGUGGCGGCCAGUGAACCAUGUGUUUUUCCAAGUGGCCAAUGUGUUCUUCCUGUUGUCGUUCCUGGCGCCGCACACGGCGAGCGGGCUGGUGUGGCUGCGCGUGGCGCUGAUGCUGGGCUGCGCCUUCUCCGCCAUGUGGGCGUGGAGCAUCGAGUGCUACCUGGACGCUGUGCUCUGGAACAGUGCUUUCAUUGUGAUAAACUUCAUUUACUUCUCCAUACAGUUUUAUUUGAUGCGCCCCAUCAAGUUCCACAAGGAUAUUGAGGAGGUAAAUAUAAUUUAUUUGUUUUGUCUUAAUAUAUUAUUAUUUCCCUAUUAUCUGUGGUGAUCUUAUCUAAGGAAGAGUAAUCACCAGACACUCUUAACUAUAGUUUAUAAUGUAGCAGUAAAACUGAGUAACUCUAAGAAUUAACAUUUCAAAAACUUAAGUCGCACCUGUACAUAAAAAUUCUUAGAAUUAUAAGUCAAUAUUUUCAUCUAGCUCACCAAAUUAGUAUUUUCAGCCAUACAACCACAACUUACCAUAGAUAAAUGUAUUAAUUUUUUUAUAGAGAUGUGAUCAAUAAUUUUAGCAAGUUGGUGAGUCAUAGGUCAAUCAUGUUUAACUCUCAAGGGCUUGAGGUCAACCAGUAACCUGUUUGUUUCUGUAAAUAUAAAUUAGUUGUAACAUGUUUUGAUGACAUCAUACUGCAAACAUGUGCAAAAAACUUCAUAAUAAAAAUUUAAAAUUGAGGAUUAAGAAAAUAGGGUCCAAAUUUUUGUAUUUUAUUACAUAUUAUAAAUGAAGCCAAUGAUUUGAAUAUGGAAUUAAAAUUUUGGCAUCCAUAUUGAAUCAGUAACAGGCACAUAAAUGUAGGUAUGCAUAAUUACUUUUGGCAUAAAUAGGGGUGACCAUGAUGUUUUAUUUUAAACCAGGACAUAUUUAUAAACAUUUUUCUAGCUCUCUUUUUUAUAAAUACAAUAGGUACUUAUAAGAUAAUUAUACCUAAUGAAAGAUUUUUACAAAAGACCUACCUAACACCUUGUUAUCUAACAUUACCAUGAACAUGACAUUGCAUUUCAAUGUUAUCAAGAUAAUAUUUUAAUAAAACAGCAUUACCUAAGCAGUAAAACCUAAUGGCUGUAUUAGAACCAUGCUAAAUGAAAAACUGUUUUGGUUCUUGUUUUCAAUUUUGUGUAUUAUUUCAUGAGUUAAAAGUUCUGUGUUUUGGUAUUGUUGAACAUAGCUUAUGAUUUUCGACGUCGCCAUAAUACGUAAAGAAAUAAUAACUAGUUACAGCAACUAUCGUAGUUACAGUCUAUUAUUUAUGAUGAAGGACUUAUUGCCCUCUCUUUGAAGUCUGUCCUACAAAAGCUCAUUAAGUGAAGGGCGAAAAUCAUGGCGCACAGUCCAGCUGUACAAAGUCAUAUAAUUUCUAAAAAUAAACACACUUCAUCAUUUCUGUGAACUGAGAUUUUUAUUUGCUUCACGCAAAUAAGUCAGUUGUUAAUUUAUGUCGGGUUGUGUCAGCAUACUCCAUUUUAAAUGCAAAUUACAUCAGCAUCUAUUCGAGAGUACUCGGUUCGUACAAUUUGUCGAUUUCCGAGCCUGAUAAUUUACUUAUCAUAACUACACGUCGAAUCAAUACGUGUUAAUAUGUCCGCAAUUACUACGCGUCUGAUCUCAUUACGGAUUUAUUUACUCGAACAGACACGAACUGUGAUACCUGAUAUAAAAUAAAAGAUUAUCGUAUAACAGUAUAGGUACUAUGUUUGGUAUUUUAUUGAUAAUAUAAUCCCUAGUUUCUGAAAUAUCAAAUCACACUACCGGGUACAUAAUCGCCUUUAUUACGCGAAACAGCGAUAAAAUUAAUACGGUUCUUUAUACUUAUACCUUAAAAUCAUAAAACUGCGUUUAAAUUACUACCUAUGUUUCUUCUUUAUGAUUUUAUCGUCAUGAUUAAAACACACGUGCAAAGUUAAGAUACGUAGUUUUGAGGUUCCUAUCUGUUAAAAGCUUAUUAUUUUACUAUUACUAGGUAUUUUAUUUUAUCAAUUCGAGAAUCUUCACAAUCAAAGUCCACUAACAUUCUGUUCUUUCUGGUAGGUAUGAAAUAAACACCAAUAAUUUUCAUUAUUCCAUUUACGCCUACUUCAUUUCAAAUAACUUACAAGCCUACCAUUUGAGUAUCUAUUUUUAAAACUAAUAAAUAUAAGAACUUUACCCAAACCGUGAAUCAUAUUGGUUUCGAAAGUCGAUAGAGUAGUGAGUAUGCGGUAGAUUGCGGUCGACGCCCGUGGUUGAAAGCACAGGUUAAGAACAGUACUAAACUAAGUAUAUCACAUUUCCUAAAUACAUACUGUACCUCAUAAGUUAUUACGACUUAAGUUACGUUGCAUACGUUUUAAAUGUCCUUUUAAUGUCCUCAUUAAAAAAAUGCAUGGCUACCCUAACUUGUGUGGAGAGGGUUGAAAUUGCAUUUGCCUGACUCGUAAUUAUUCGUAACUAAAGUAUUUUCAUGUAUGGAUCACGCACACAUGUACGUGAUGUCGAUUGUCGAUAUCCGAUCCGCCGGAUGACACUAGUAAAUAAUUCUGCGAUGUAAAUGGUACACCUAAAAUGUGUGAAUAAUUAAUCAGAGCUAUUCGACGCCAGUGACGCGUCGCUCAAUGGUUUUGUCGACGGAUAUUAGGGCUUCACCCCAAUGAAUAGUUCAAGUAGCUGUUGUUUUUGCACUAUAAACGCUAAAGCUUCUCAUUUAAACACGUGUACAGGGACCCCACAAUUAUGCCUAGAGUCACAUAACAAACAUUUUUCCCCUAAUACCAUGUCUCCGCAAGUAAUGAUCGAUUAACAUAACUCGUACGGCAAAGGACUACAAAAUCGAUUGUAAUCUAAAAGCCUUAUUAAUUUGGCAAUUAUUUAUCUUGUAAAUUGUUUGUUAAAAGCCGACUAGAAAGCCAUUAGCGAGCAAUGCGUUAUUCACACAAAAUUGUCCGCGUACUGAUCAAAUCGUUAAUUAUACUUUAAAUAAUGCAAACUAUUUUCUAAUGAAACUCGAAACUUGGUUGACAUUUUCGUUACCUACAUAGAGCCGGGGAAACGAUAAUGUAAUAAUAAUUUUCAAUAUAGAAUCAAGGCUCAGGGCUCAGCCUAAUGAACGAGGAAGAUUUACAUUUAAAAUGUCAGCUCACCGCAUUUGGACGGGGGAUUAAUGGCUAGAUUGCCAACAGUCCUUUCAGUGUGUUCCCAGAGGUCAGUGGGGCAAGACGGAGUGAAUGGCCUUUCAGCUGGUGACGUCACCUCCUCACUUACCACCCAUCGAGGGUUAAACGUACUUAAAGUUUCACAUUUAUGAUGAAGCACACAACUUUGCAGUUCUUUGCUGUAAGAUCGGCGGGAUAUCGGAUUUCCUCUUUAUAAACUUGUUGGAGCGCUUGAAAGGUCUCGAUACGUUCUACGAAGAAAAUACCAAUAUAAACAUUCUUACAAUACCUACAUGUAUCUUUGAAAAUAAAGCUUUGGGUCUAUGGCAUAAGUUGUUAUAUCAUGACUAGUUCGUGCAGGGCUCGGUUUUGGCAACUAUUCAAAGCUCUUACGUAAUAGCUUAAAACCGACCUGAACUGUCUACAAAAAAUUCUAUCUGGUCGGAUUUUAAUUAAUAUAUGAGGUCUGAUUCCUGCUCUGUAUGCGAGGAGCGACGACACGUGUAUCAGUAACGGUUAUCCGCAAUGUGUAUCUAACUACGUAUUGCGGGAAAGCGGCGUGAUACGGCCGUACAUGUGUUUAAAAUUGUUUACUCGUCUGAAUGGAUACACAACCGAAUAUUCUGCCCGUUCUGUUUAAAAUGUUCAAUCGUUUACUGUGUAGUUUUAAAGUUAGGCCAACCCUAAAGAGUCAAAAACUAAUAAAUAACUAAGUUUAACGCAAGGAACUCAUAGUUUGUUAGCCACCUACUUUCCCCGCUUGCGUAAUACGGUUGCGUUGUUGUGUCUGAGUAAACAAUUGGACGAACAUGUUUAAUUGCCUCUUCGCCGUGGUUACGUAUAAGCUCAUAUACUAAAAAUUCGGAGAUGUCAGCCCAAUAUUCAUUAUAAUCCUCCUGCUGUCACCGCCUUUGUGCUAACUGAAGAGCCUUUCGCAUUAAUGCCUGAGUGAGAACAGAAUUUUGGAGCGUACCUAAUGGAGUGACACAAAGCCUGUAUUUAAUUCCGUAUUCAUUCCGAUAUUGUAGUCGAAAUAUCGUCAAAACAAAAGAUCGCAAUAGACUAAAGAAAUUGGAACAUUCAGAGGUCGUUAUCCUCAUAAUGCUUUCCUAAUGAUUCCGAGCAAAAAUGUAUUAGAAAUUUCCAUAAUGAAGGUGUGUUGGUACAAAUCACGCGACCGCUGCCGAGGUGUUUGGUAACCAAGUUAUUGAUUUUAUGCAAAGGUGUGUUGCACCCUAAAUGCGAUGCCAAUAUUGCCUUCCACAGAUGUGGUACCCUGUGCGCCCCUGAUUGGUUUAUUGAAUCACUCGACUGUAAUGUCACGGGGUUUCCAGAAAGCUUUUACUGAGAACCUAAACCUAUAAUAAUGUUACCAAUAUUGAACACUGUACUACUCAGUACCAAAUAAAUUCAACCCCUGAAAUGGGUAUCAAACGCCCAAAACAUUUUCUUUAAUGAGCAAAGCAAUCACUGAAAACUAAAAUUUUCCUACUGAAGCCAUUAUUUUGAAGUCGAUUGAUAUUGUAAUGGUAUCGACAGAA